CUCUCUCUCUCUCCCUCGGAAGGUGCCGCCAAGUCCCGUACAGUCAGCUCGGCCGUCCCAGGCCUUGAAGCGGCGCCGUUGCGGAGCGUCGGCGGACGAGCUGGCGGAGACCAACAGACUUGCAUGGAUACCUUGACCAACUUCCCCCUCUCUCACCAAUCACUCGGCUUCGGUCGAUUCUCGCCCGCCGGCCUCGACCGACGGGCGAACGUUGCACGAUCCAAAACCGAAAAAUCCCAGGAUCCUCAUCUUCCGGAGCGCAGACCGGGAGCUGAGCUCCUUGUCGCCCUUCCAGCGGAAGGACGGCUGUGACCGGCUCGGCAGUAUCGUCCGCUGCGACCGCAUGUGGGACGGAGCACUUGAGGUGGAGUUCCGGAAGAGCGAAGAGGCAACGAAGGCCUUAGCCGCCACUCGAUUUGUGUACUCCGAAGGACGUGCCUCCGGUCGGAAGCUCGUCUCUUUGCCGUUGGCGGUGGAGCCACACCGCUCCAAGAACUCCUCUCGAGGAGUCAUCAACUGCUAUGACCUGCGGAACGUGAGUGACGAGGACAUAGCGGACGGGCUCUCGGAGUACGGCGUGACAGCCGCCCGCCGCAUCCUCACGCGAAGAGGCACGGCCCCGACAAAUAACAUCAUUCUCACAUUUGACACCACCGACAUUUCCCGAACGAGGUCCGUGUGGGGUACAUGAAGGUCUGCGUGCUCCCAUACGUCCCGGCGCCCAUGCGCUGUUAUCGGUGCCAGAGGUUCGGCAGACUUGGGGCCCUGCUCCGGGGACGGUCCCGGCAGGCCACGGUAUGAGGGGCCUGUACGGCCGCAUUGUUAGCGGUGUGCCCAUACUCUGGGGUCGCCACCAUCACUGUGCUCGGGAUGGGAUGGAUCAACCGUGGUAUGUGUGUGUAAUGUGUAGGUAUGCCGUCCCGUCAGUGCAGUCGGCCCGUUUGCCGGCAGGACCGCCACUCCAGUGACGUCAUCCUCUGUCCAGUGACGUCACCAUGUGGCUCGGCUGGCGGCGGCUGUUGGUGAGCGCCGGGCGCGGCUUCAGCACGGCGCCGCUGGCCCGCGAGGCCGCCUGGGAGCCGGUCAUCGGACUGGAGGUGCACGCUCAGGUGUCGGCGCGCACCAAACUGUUCUCGUCGGCCGGCUGCGAGUUCGCGGCGCCCGUCAACUCGCGCGUUCAGCUGUUGGACGCCGCCUUCCCGGGCACGCUGCCGGUGCUGAACGAGCGCUGUGUGGAGGCGGGCAUCCUGACGGCGCUGGCGCUCGGUAUGCGCGUCAAUACCGUCUCCACCUUCGACAGGAAACACUACUUCUACGCUGAUAUGCCGGCCGGUUACCAGAUCACCCAGCAGCGUCUGCCGCUGGCCGAGGGUGGCGAGCUGUCGUUCCCGCUGGCCGGGACCGGUAGGCCCCUGUCGGUCCGCCUAGCGCGUCUGCAACUGGAGCAAGACAGCGGCAAGAGCCUGCACGACCUCGACAACAACAGAUCGCUGAUUGACCUGAACCGGGCCGGCUGCGGCCUCAUGGAGUUGGUGUUCGAACCGGACCUGCGCAGCGGAGAGGAGGCGGCCGCGCUCGUCAAGGAGCUCAUCCUGAUCCUGCGCCGCAUCGGCACCUGCUCCUGCAAAAUGGAGGAGGGUGCUCUCCGCGUGGAUGCCAAUGUGUCGGUCCGGCCGGCCGGCUCGCAUCAGCUCGGCGUCCGCAGCGAGGUGAAAAAUAUCGGCAGCGUGCGCGGCGUGGCGCGCGCCGUUCAGUACGAGAUCGGUCGACAGGUGGCUCUGCUGGAGAGCGGCGGCCGGGUGGUGAACGAGACCCGCAGCUACGACCCGGAGACGGCCGAGACGGUGGCCAUGAGGGACAAGGAGGUCGUACAGGACUACCGGUUCCUUCCGGAGCCUAACCUGCCGCCUCUGCGCCUCUCGUGCUCGGCCCGCCCCCUGGCCGGUGUACCGGACGUGGACAGACUGCGGGAGACCCUGCCCGAGCUGCCGGCAGCCACACGGAGCAGACUGGAGACACAGUACCGGCUCACAGCGGAUAGCGUGCAGGCAGUGACGACGGAGGAGGGUCUGAUGGAGUAUUUCGAGGCGAUCGUAUCCGGAGUGUCGGGCACACAGCGGGACGCCGAGGCGGUGGCCGUCCUCCUCAGGAUGGACGUCAAGGCUCUGCUCAACGAGCGAAACAGCACGUUCGCAGACUGUCCUCUGAGCCCGUCAUCGGUCGGCGAGAUUUUCGACCUGCGUCAGCGGGACGCCAUCAGCUCGUCCGUGCUGCCGCUGCUGCUGGAGGCCGCCUACGACGCGCCGAUGGUGGCGCCAUCUAUACUGGUGGCCGAGCGCGGCUGGUCGCAGAUUAGCGACCAGGUGGCGCUGGUGGCGGCCUGCGACACCGUCCUCCGUAACGCAGCGGACAAGGUGGCCAAGUACCGGGCGGCCAGUCCCAAGAAGCAGAAGCAGAUUUUCAACCAGCUGGCCAAGGACGUUCGGCUGGCCUGCGAUAAUAGAGCCAAUAUGGCCGAAGUGUCGAAAAUCCUGCGUGAAAAACUGGAGUCCCGUGAUAGCUGAUACUGUUUGGGAGUAGGUGAUAGUGGAAUGUCUUGCUUUGAUUGUUGUUGAUUUGAGAUGUUAUGUGUAAUAAAGUGACAUAUUCAU